CUCCCGCCCAGCAGCGUCUGCGCUCGACGAUGUCUAAGCGCUGUGCCAUGCCAGGGCUGCUUUUUGAGUGGGAGUCCCAAGUAUCGUACCCAAAGCCGUCCGCGCUGGCUGGCGGCCUUUUCCCACCGGCACAUGAGAUGUCCCUCUCGUGUGUCAUAGAAUCAGAGAAUGCGUUGGGUUGGAAGGGGCCUUUAAAGGUCAUCUGGUCCAACCGAGGCUGGACUACAUGACCUGGGUUGGUUGAGGUGUGGGGGGGGCCUCUGCACCACUUGGGACCGUUUGGUGCGCCCCUGGGAGGGCCCGUUUUGUGGUUUCACCCCUCCCUCUUGGGCGAAGGUCCCUAUUCUGGAGGCGUGGAUGGUCCCUUGGGCUCAGCAUCCCUGAAGCCCGCUCUCAGUAGAGGCUUUGUUGCACCCCACUUCUUGCUGCGUUGGCCAAACUCUUCAACACUGAUUAGGAGAGGGGCGCAGGGAGGCACAGCCGCUGCUCAUUUAGGGCACAACCUUUUUAUUGAAGGAGGUAAUUAAACCUGCCUGGUCCUUCUUUGCUCAUUUGCCAGCUCCGUGCUGCUGCUCUGGUGCUGGGAAGGUUCGUUAGAAGGACGGCAGGGCCAAGCCCAACGUCUUUCGCGUCACUGCUGUUAAUGAUUGCCCAUGGCUGGUUGCCGUUGCACCGGCCGUCCCCAGAGGUGCAAUAUUUCAAUGCUUAGUCAAUGUCUCCCUGCUCACGCCGGUCGGGGACCAAAGGGUGUGACUGGGAUGAUGGAUCCAGAGUCGCUUGGCUCGUGGCUUCGCCUUGGGGGGUGAUGCAGCCCAGCAGCAUCCCAGCCCAGGAAGCGGGAGAGGUGCUGUCAGAGGGCAGCGGAGCUGGGCUUUUCCUCGGCUGCGUUUAAAGCCAGCGGGGAGCCAGGAGAGCCAGCCGAGGCAAGGGUUAACCUCCUGCACGGCAACCUGUGCUGCUCCUCAACCCAUGUGACGGGCAACACAGAGAGAUUAACCGCACCGUCAUGGUUCCAUGUGAUGGGCAACACAGAGAUUAACGGCACCGUCAUGGUUUUCUGCUCCAGUAACCCUGGCUAAAAUUAACCAGGCUGAGGAGGCGUUUGUAACUAGCCACAGCGGCCGCCCAUGUUCAGCCUGGGCAAUCCCCGGGGGCCUUUCCCGGCCAAUUCUGUAGCCAGAGCCUGGGCUUUCACCUUGGAGCUUCUGAUCCAUGACUUGCCGUAUGAAUUUUGUCACACCCCUUUAGCUAAAUUGGUGCCAGGGAUGGAAUAUAAGCGUAAAAACAAUUUCUUAACAGCUGACUUGUGUGCGGGGGGGUGGUCCUGGGAAGGCUGGGACCCUCCGGACUGCAGCCCUCAGGCUGGGGAGCUCACGGCUGGGAUGGACCAUGGUGAACGUGGGUUACAGCACCUGGGCAGGGAGGUCUGGCCUCGCCCAGCAUGCAGGAGGAGGGAAACUGAGGCAGGAGUGCAAACACUACCCCCCCUCCCCCCCCAGCUCUGUUUGCCUCCCCUCUGAGGGGGGUCCAAGGCGGCAGCUUGGCAUCGGCAGGGCCCCUGGCUCUGCCCGGGCUGGUAACGCUGCCUUUGUGCCGCCCAGCGCUGCUGACUCAGGGCUUUUUCCCAGCCGCCGCCGCUGUGGGAGCCCCGUGACCCAUCGGUGGGGGGACCCUGUGAGGGGGGGGGGGUGGCAGUGAAGCAGGCGAAGCAGCGAGGUGACGGGCUCUGCAGAAAGACAGUGGCUGCGGGGGCUGGUGUUACCUCAUGGUGGGGGCGAGGGACAGCGAGGACCCCCCCCCAGCUGAGCACGACCCGAUGCCAUGGGCUCCCGGCAUUUCCCUGCCCGGACCGUGCUCUUCGAGAAGGAGUCCAAUGGUGUCACCUACCGCGUGCCCGCCCUGCUUUACCUGCCCUGCGUGGCCAAGCUGCUGGCUUUCGCGGAGGAGCGGCUGAGCGCCGACGAUGCCCACGCCAACCUGCUGGUGCUGCGCCGUGGCACCGUCUACGGGAGCUACGUGGAGUGGGAAGACAUGCGUGUGCUGGAGACAGCAACGCUGCAGCACCACCGGUCGAUGAACCCCUGCCCGCUCUACGAUGAGUUCACCGGCACCCUCUUCCUUUUCUUCAUCACGGUCUUGGGCAGAACUCCUGAAGCCUACCAGAUCGUCACUGGCCAAAACGUCACCCGCCUCUGCUGCGUCACCAGCGCCGACCAGGGCCUGAGCUGGAGCACGGCCACAGACCUGACGCAGCAGGUCAUUGGCGGGGCCAUCAAAGACUGGGCGACGUUCGCGCUGGGCCCCGGGCACGGGAUCCAGCUGCGGUCCGGGCGGCUGCUGGUGCCCGCCUACAGCUACCACAUCGACUGCAAGGAGUGCUUCGGGCAGCUCUGCAAGACCACCCCUCACUCCUUCGCCUUCUACAGCGACGACCACGGCCAGCGCUGGCGCUUCGGGGAGUUCAUUCCCAACCUGCAGACGGGCGAGUGCCAGCUGGUCUCAGUGGACGAGGAGGAUGGCUCCAACGUCCUCUACUGCAACGCACGCAGUCCCUUGGGCUUCAGGGUCCAGGCGCUGAGCACGGACGAUGGGGCUGUUUUCCACAGGGGGCAGCUGGUCCAGCGGUUGGUUGAGCCCCCCCAUGGCUGUCACGGCAGCGUUGUUGGCUUCCCCGCACCAUUCGUGUAUGUCCCUGCUGCCCCCUGGGACUCUGUGCUGUCCCUCCGGGGCUCAGCUCGCCGGCUGCUCCCUAGGAUGCUGCCAGGGCUUCGGUCCGUGUCCACCUCGCAGGCAGCCAGUGAUGAGCUGCCCGCAGUGGCCACCAGCAGCCACCACGAGCCAGCUGAGCCCAAGGAGGGCUGUCUUACCCCGGGGCGUCUCAGCCAUGCCCGCAGUGGCACCCUGGUCCAAGGGGAUCCUGCAGCACCCACUAACCCCGUUCCCUUCUUCCAAGCACCGACAUGGGUCCUCUACUCCCACCCCACCAGCUCCAUGUCACGGGUCAACAUGGGGGUUCACCUGAGCACCUUCCCCAGGGACGUGGAGAGCUGGACCGAGCCGUGGGUCAUCUAUGAGGGCCCAAGUGCUUACUCGGACCUGGCUUACAUGGAGCUGCCCUACAACGAGGCCACCAUCUCUGGUGGCCCAGCCAUCGCUUUUGCCUGCCUCUACGAGAACGGGACACGGUCACCCUACGAGCAGAUCUCUUUUAGCAUGUUCACACUGCACGAUGUGCUCCAGAACAUCCCCCUGACAGCCACUGUGUCCCGGCAGGACAGCGGCCCCCGACACCGCAGAAAGUGGGGGCGAAGUAGCUGCUUCAUCUCCUAG